AUGCUUUUGAAUAAUGUUUCUGCUGCCAUCAAGAAGAAUGCCAAUGAAGCACUGGGAAAUAACUUUGUCCAUGACAGGUCCUGUCGUCCUAUAGCCUUGGAAGGCAGUGCUGCAAGAGAGUGCAGGAGCACUAAGCUUAAUGGAGGGACAAUUAGGAGAGUAAUGGUUAAAGAAAUUGUUGAAAGCAAGGUCAGCGUGGAUGCAGGGUCACAAGGGAGCGGCGGCGAUCUGGUGCUCCACGGGCUGCCUGUGGCUCCGCCGCUGGACGUGCCGACGGAGUGGCCGGAGGCCCGUCGCGUCGUCGUGCCCGCCAACUCUCACAGGCAAAGGACGUAUUUCCUCAACAAGGGGGCUCGACUUCAAGCCGCUUACAGUGUCAAGUCUGAAGAUGGCGUGCCUCAUCCACUCUGCAUCAUCAUUGCACAAGCGGAAAGCUUUAUGCGGUGGGCUGAGAUGCCAUCUCUGCAGAGCAGCACAUUAUUUUGGCGCUUGGUGCAGGGAAAUGGAACAAUUGAGCAGACCGUCAAUCUUUCCUGA